UUAUUUAAUAAACUAUAAGGUAUAUACAUACAUAAGACACAAUAUUGAGAGCAGAAAGCGGGGGGUAGAAUAUAAAUUUUGGCAUGAUGAGGAAGCUGAGGUGUGGCAGAGUACUUGACAGUCUAUGCCUGUUUCCUUACAGCAGUUGUUUUGUGUGUACGAGGAAUACUAAUACAAACUAUGAUGAUGAAAAGCCUCUUCUUAAUACUGCAAGCAGUACUCCUCCAGUUAUUAAAGAUGAUGUUAAGAAGAAGCUCAAGGAUGUUUUAGUUGGCCCCCCUACUCUUGCCUUCCAUUUAAAGCCUAAGAUUGUUGUGCUCAGAGUUUCCAUGCACUGUAAUGGCUGCGCAAGAAAAAUCGAGAAGCACAUCUCAAAGUUGGAAGGAGUGAUUUCGUACAAAGUAGACUUGGAAACGAAAAUGGUGGUUGUAACAGGUGACAUUGCUCCUUUCCAAGUAUUGGAGAGUGUUUCUAAAAUAAAAAAUGCUCAGCUUUGGGACGAUCAAUCUUGAUUACAGAAACGACGACGACGACUCCCUAUCACGCACACCUUCGAUUUUUUAUAUAUAUAUUUUUUUUCCUUACUAGAAAUUAAAUUACGUUUUCCCAAAUUAUAUACUAUAUAUGCGUGUCUGUCAGUAUGUGUGCGCGCUUUCAAAUAAACAAUUGUAUCAGGUUCUUCUAUCUAUCUAUCUAUAAUGUGUUUAAUUACUUAUUAGGGUUUUUUUCUGGAUAAAAGUGGGAUCCAUAAAGAGAAGUCUCGGUAAAUGCACCUCCGCGAAACCAACUUAUCAUCCCAGAAUUAGUUGAACUGUACUCAUACGGGCUUUUCUUUUAUAUAUAUAUAGAUAGAUAUAUAUUUGGAUAUGUUGUGAAUUGUUUUGUGCUUUCUAAAUGUGUAUCUCUUUCUUCUUUUAAAUAAAUAAUCUAGUUAGAUUGUU